UUCUUGGUCUGUCCACAGCUUUCCACGAGUAGAAGGUGUAGCGUUAGCGGACCCGCUGUAGCUCAACAUCAUCAAGACAAACAAACACGAAAGAUUAAUCUGUGCCCGUUCGGUGACAACUGUCAAGGUCUAAUUUUCUGAACCCUCGAGUUUAUCUGGUGCAGUGGGAUUGUUGCACUAUAUCAGCAGUUUGAUAACCAGGAAGAUAAUGUGCUGCAGCUGAAGAUGGGGGGUAGUGGCUCCAAAUCCAAAGGAUUUUGGCCUUUUUCUGGCUCUGGCAGUGGUGAUGAUCCAACCAAAGACGGAAAUGAACAGACAUUGUCAAGAUUUAAAAGUUUUCAAGGUGCAACACCUUUUGUAUUUACUAGACGCAGCUCAAUGUUCUUUGAUGAAGACGGGGACUUGGCACAUGAGUUUUAUGAAGAAACAAUUGUGACAAAGAAUGGCCGAAAAAAAGCCAAGCUCAAACGAGUUCAGAAGAAUCUUACGCCUCAGGGAAUUAUUAAGCUGGAACACCCAUGCAUCCAUGUAGAUUUCCCAAUUGUUAUUUGUGAAGCUUGACAUGGACGAGUCUCAUAAGAGUAACUGUGUCCACUCCGUCCUGUGGUCUACAGCAGAAGACUGACCACCUUUUGAAAAUCAUGAUUUCCUGGCAUCUCUGAAGUCCCUUAUGCAGACAGGCUGAUGCUGUGUUUUAAGCCUCUGCAUGUGAUCUCUUUUGGCUUGUGUGCUGUUGGGCACACCAUAGGUCACCGGUGACUAACUAAAAGUGUGCCAAGUGCGUGAACGUAUUCAGUUUACAGAUAUCUCAUGGUCAGUGCGCAUGCAGGUUUGUUUAGAGCAAAGAAGGCAGAUGCAGUUUUUUGUAGCAUUCACCAAACAUGCAGUGAAUGAAAUCUGUCCAGGCUGAAGAAGUUGGAAAGUAAACUAGAUAUUGGUCUCUGUGAAUUAUUUUAGUAUGCAUGAUGGAAAAAGAGUCGGCUUUGGGACAUGAGAAUCCCUGCUCUAUAAAGUGGACUAUGAUGUUGAAUGAACUGACUUAGGCAAUCUCAGUUUGACCAGUGUGAACUUGCAGCAAUUGUACACAGCCAGUGUCAAAUGAGAACUCCAUUUUUUUUCUUUGCUGCUUUGGCAUAUGUUUCACCUUUUAAUUUAUUGUUAAAUUUUUAAUUACAUUAUGAAACACUAAA